AUGAGACGUUUCCUCCUCGGCGGUUCGUGGAACUCCCGCGAUCGCUCUCCCUCCCCACCACCCCCACAAACUCCCAUCGGCCGGCGCGUCCCAAUCCAACUCGCCAUCCUGACAGCCCCGAACACAGAAGUCUCCUCAACGGGCGCCUACAAAUGGACGCUCCUGAUCGGUCCGCACGCCCCGUCAACCGUGCUGGCCCCCUUCUACACAAUCACGCACAUCUACUCAGCCGCUGCACCGGGAGCAGCCGGCGGAACCGUCUACAGCCGUGUCGACGAAACCGCGAAUAUUAGCUGGGAAGACUUUGACCGCAUGGUGGCUCAGAGUGGCGGGUAUGAGGUUGUCUGCGAGCUGCCGCAUGGGAAGAUGGAUGCGCGGCUUUCCGGCUGGAUCGACCGGGCGAUUGAGGAGGGUCAGAUCGAAAAGAGGUGGGUGAGUUACCUGCUGCAGGCUCUUUGGAGACGCGAUUGGAUUAAACGGAGUGAUGUUGGUAGAGUUAAGGAGAAAGUCCCGGUUAGUCCUUGGGAGGUUGGAAGGAAGUAA